GCGCUAUUCUGGAGAAGAUGUGGCUUCGAGUAAUCUAUCUGAAGCGCCGCCUCGAGAUUUGGACGAGUAUGCAUCAGCUGCUUAUGUAGGUCGGAGUGUAGCUUUCACGGCGACGCACAAAGAGGUAGGACUAGGAAGCACGAAACAAGCAGAUGGUGAAGUUAUAGGCGGUGGAAGUACGGCUUCGGGAUUCAUUAGUAGGGCGAUUGCAGGGGACGCUUUUGCUACGGGUAACAAACCAUCGUCGUUUUUGCCAGCACCAGUUGCGUCGAAUUCACAAAGAGGCACGUCGUCACCACCAGCACCACAACAUUAAGGAAGAACUUAUAGGUGUACUUAGGUAUUAUUUCCAUGAUCAUCUAGUGAGCGCGUGACUCAGGAUCCAUGACAGAUAGUUCAUUAGAAAGAGCCAUACCAAUUCUCUUCACUUGAACUGACUUCAGCUCGGGCUCCUCGUAAAUAAGGGACCCACGACUUUGAUGAGUUGUCAGAAUAAUCAUAAUGAUAGCACCAUAACAAACUCCCAUCGCCAUCUCCUCUUCGACCUCUAACCCCAGAAUCAGAUGAAAGCUCACGGAAUCAGUGGCACUAGUUCCCAAGUGUUAUCGGAAGUGCCCACGUCCAAGAGCCGGAGCAUUUGCCCGGAUGCUCCCAGUCUUUCUCCACCGACGAUCAAGGAAGCCUCUCCGAGAAAACACCGGACAUGGCUUGAGCGUCGGCAACGACGGACGUUUUUCAGCAUUACAAUCUUAAGAGCGCAAGGACGGAUAGAAGCAGGUAUACCAUGCAUUCACAUUUCCUCGUCUAGAAGGGUGGCCCCUUAAGAUCCCCUUAGAAGUAUUAUCCCUUCGUCUCCCCCCAGCCCCACUUCCUCCAACAUUUCGCCGUCUCUUCCGAAACACACGAGGGUUGUUCCGUGCCCAGUGCGUAGCUGCCCAUUUCCGACGUGAUCCUGCAGCCGAAUUGCGGUUCUUCUGCAAUGGACGGAAGUUGAUAGUUAAGGGUUGA